UAUAUAUAUAUAUAUAUAUAUAUAUAUAUAUCCCUCGUGCCCUCUUUUUUAAAAAACCUUUCACGGCUCCUGUUCUCAGGCUUCCGUGGUCGCUGCCCUCUUGUCGUCUGCGUUCGCCACCCGCGCAGCAGCUGGCGGCAAAACCGCGCUCGAAAGCGCUCGCACAGCAAGUCUGUUCCCAACUAGUGCGCUACCAAAGAACCAAACAGGUGUGGCGCGCAUUUACGUAGAAAAGAAAAGAAGAGGAAGAAAAGCACACGGCAGAGUGCGUCACAAGAAAACCCCGUCGUUGUUGUCUCCCUUCCGCCCCUCCCCCCUCCCUCUCGACAGCCACGAAAAGCUGCUCAGGAUCCACCAGUCCGGAUUUUUAUCGAUAGGCGGACGCAGCCUUAUACAGCGCAUCCCACUUUUUCCAACCCAAAAGCCUUUUUCGACACAACUCUCUUUGACGUAUAUCCCUUUCCCCCUCCCCCUCCCCCCUCCCUUGACCAAAAAAAAUAUGCCGUCGAAGUCUAAGGAAGCCCGCUUGGCAAAGCGCGGUGAAAAGAAGAAGCCGACGUCCAAAGUCGCCUCCGAAGCAAACUCAAAUGUUGCUUCCAAGGCGUCGUCUGUCAACGGCGAGGAUGGCCCCUCCAUGAUGGAUGCCGACGAGCUUGAGGUCGACGAGAAGGUGCAGAGACUCAAGUUGCAAGAGGACGCUCAGGGAAUCAGCGACCGUGUUACUACUGGCGUGCUCGCCAGUCUGGAGUCGAGUCGCGACGUCAAGAUCACGUCCGCCAGCUUGGUGUUCCACGGCAGAGUGCUGUUCAACGACACAACUCUUGAAGUCAACUAUGGUCGGCGGUACGGCCUGCUCGGCGAGAACGGUUGCGGCAAAAGUACCUUGCUACGAGCCAUUUACGCCAGAGAAUUUCCCUUCCCAGAGCACAUCGAUAUUUACCUGCUCAACGAGGGCGCUCCACCAUCCAACCUCGGCGCUCUAGAGUGGGUCGUGAAGGAGGCUGAAAAAGAGGUCGAGAGGCUGGAAAAACUUGCUGAAGAGUUGGCCGAGAAGGAGGGCCCGGAGAGUCAGAUCGUUAUGGACAUUUACGACCGAAUCGAUGGCAUGGACGCAUCGACGUUCCAAACCCGUGCUUCUCUCAUUUUGACCGGUCUUGGCUUCAACAAGACCACCAUUAACAAGAAAACCAAGGACAUGUCCGGUGGUUGGCGCAUGCGCGUCGCCCUCGGAAAGGCACUCUUUGUCAAGCCCGCUCUCCUUCUUCUCGAUGAUCCUACGGCCCACCUAGAUCUCGAAGCUUGCGUGUGGCUGGAAGAGUAUCUCAAGAAGUGGGACCGCACUCUCAUUCUCGUCUCUCACUCGCAAGACUUCCUCAACGGCGUGUGCACAAACAUGAUCGACAUGCGCAUGAAGCAGCUGCUGUACUAUGGCGGUAACUACGACUCGUACAUCAAGACGCGGUCGGAACAGGAGACCAAUCAGAUGAAGGCAUAUGAGAAGCAACAAGAAGAAAUCAAACACAUCAAGAAAUUCAUUGCUUCGGCCGGUACGUAUGCAAACUUGGUCAAGCAGGCCAAGUCGAGGCAGAAGAUUCUGGACAAGAUGGAGGCAGACGGCUUCAUUCAGCCAGUCAUCCCAGAUAGAGUGUUCACCUUCCGCUUCGCCGAUGUCGAGAAGCUGCCGCCGCCCGUACUGUCACUCGACAACGUUACCUUCUCCUACUCCGGCAAAAGCGAAGACAAUCUGUACGAGAACCUGGAUUUCGGUGUAGACAUGGACUCGCGAACUGCGCUUGUCGGACCAAACGGUGUCGGCAAAUCCACCCUCCUCAGAAUCUUCACAGGCAAGCUGCAACCAACAUCGGGCACCGUGUCGCGACACACUCACUUGAAGCUUGGCAUGUACUCACAGCAUUCCGCCGAUCAGCUCGACCUCACCAAGUCGGCACUGGACUUUGUGCGCGAUAAGUACGCGGCCAAGUCGCAAGACUACCAGUACUGGCGACAGCAGCUCGGUCGAUACGGUUUGACUGGCGAGGCCCAGACUGCGCUCAUGGGUACGUUAUCAGAAGGUCAACGAAGCCGCGUGGUGUUCGCGCUAUUGGCUAUCGAGGGACCAAACAUGCUUUUGCUCGAUGAGCCGACGAACGGUCUUGAUAUUCCGACGAUUGACAGCUUGGCUGACGCUAUCAACGCAUUCUCUGGCGGUGUUGUAGUCGUCAGUCACGAUUUCAGAUUGCUUGACAAGAUUGCUAAAGAUAUCAUGGUGUGCGAGAACAAGACUGUGCGAAGAUGGGACGGCACAAUUGCAGAGUACAAGGACUACCUGCGGAAGAAGAUGGUCUCAACCGGAGCUGUUUGAGCCCACCUCAGACAGCAGGUAGUGUUAGUGCGGACGAGUUGCAAAGCCCGACUUGAGCAUCGAGGAAGAAGCCCGGAAAAGCGAUUUUGGAAUCCGAUGAGGGAUGCAUUGGCGCCGAAUUGGCGCAGUCUUCUGCAGGCGCACCACGAUAGAUUGUCCACACCUUUUUGGUGCGGCUGCAGGUUUUUCCGGCUGUUUGGGCCUUUGCAUUUGAUACCUCGUGCCCUGCGUGAAUAGAAGUGAAGGGGCGCGCUUUGCGUUAGAUGGCGUUCGUAUAGACCUUUAGCAAAAAUCAAAUGCAGAAUAAAAAGUUUGAGGAUAUGAACGGUCCAAGUUUUGCC